ACCAAAGCAAACCCACAGAAACACAAUGGAGAUCCAAAAGGUGCUCUUGCAUAUGAUGUUCACUAUUUUCUUUUGCAUCAUACCCACUUUCUCCAAUCAACUCACAGAUACUAUUACUCCAAAUCGCUCCAUCCAAUAUUACGAGACCCUGAAGGAAGACGCAGGAAUCUUUGAAGCAGGAUUUUUCAACCUUGGAAACUCAACAAGUGGUUAUUUUGGUAUAUGGUACAAGACCAUAUCACCCAGGACUAUUGUGUGGGUUGCCAACAGGAAUAUCCCAGUACAAAACUCAUCAACAGCAGUUCUGAAACUCACUCAUCAGGGAAACCUUGAGAUUCUUGAUGGCUCCAAAGGCAUAAUCUGGUCCUCAAACUCAUCAAGAAACGCAGAGAAACUGAAACCAGUUGUGCAGCUUUCAGAUUCAGGAAACCUUGUCAUGAAAGAUGCUGAGACGAACCUCUUGUGGCAAAGCUUUGAUCAUCCUGGUGACACCAUGCUCGCGGGAAUGAAACUGAAGAGCAACUUUGUCACUGGUCCAUAUACAUAUCUCACGUCUUGGAGAAACGAUGAUGAUCCUGCUGAAGGUGAUUUUUCAUGUGGAAUCGAUGCAAGUGGCUUUCCUCAACUAGUUACUAAACAAGGAGCAAAAGUUUUGUACAGUUCGGGGCCGUGGAAUGGCUAUCUCUUCAGUGGAGUUUCAUGGGACAGAAUGCGUAAAAUUUUGAAUUUCUCUUUAGAGUUCAGUGACAAAGAAGUUUCUUUUGGAUACGAGACAUUGAAAAGCUCAACGCCUACUAGAACAGUGCUGAGGAUCAAUCCAACAGGAGGCACAGGCCGUUUCCAAUGGUCAAACCAAAGACAAGCUUGGGAUACUGUAAACACUCAGCCUAAAGACCAGUGUGAAUAUUAUGCAAGCUGUGGUGUCAAUUCUAACUGCAAUAUUGAUAAUCUUCCAGUAUGUGAAUGCUUGCAAGGUUUCAUACCAAAGUUUAAAGAAAAGUGGGGUUCCCAAGAUUGGUCUGGUGGGUGUGUGAGAAGAACGAAAUUAAGUUGUGAUAAUGGAGAUGGGUUUGAGAAGUACACAGGAAUGAAGUUGCCAGACGCGUCUUCUUCGUGGUUUAACAAGAGCUUGAGCCUUGAGGAAUGUAAGAGAUUGUGUUUGAGAAACUGCUCUUGUACUGCAUAUGCAAAUUUAGAUAUCAGAGAUGGUGGGAGUGGCUGCUUGCUUUGGUUUGGUAACAUUGUGGACUUGAGAACUGUGCCAGACCGUGGACAAGAAAUUUAUAUACGACUAGCCUUUUCUGAUCUGGAUCUCAGAAGGAAUAAAAGGAACUUGAAUAGAAAGAAGCUUGCAGGGAUUCUAGCAGGACUUGUUACAUUCAUAACAGGACUAACAAUUCUUGUGUGUGCCACUUCAAAAUUUAGAAAGAGGAUGAAGCUAGUACCCAAGCCAGUAGGAGUUGUUAAAGCAGUGAUUCGCUGGAAGCACAUGAUGGAGAAGGAAGACGAUAACUUACCAACAAUAUUUGAUUUUUCAACCAUUGAUAUUGCCACAAAUCACUUUUCUAACAUAAACAAGAUAGGAGAAGGUGGUUUUGGAACGGUAUAUAAGGGCACAUUGCUAGAUGGACAAGAGAUUGCAGUCAAGAGGCUUUCUAAAACUUCAAGACAAGGAAUUGAGGAGUUCAAAAAUGAAGUAAAGUUGUUGGCAACACUUCAACACCGUAAUCUUGUAAAACUUCUUGGUUGUUCUAUUCAACUUGAAGAAAAGUUGUUGAUAUACGAAUUCAUGCCCAACAGAAGCUUGAAUUACUUUAUCUUUGAUACAAUGCGAGCUAAAUUAUUGGAUUGGACUAAGCGUUUGGAAAUUAUUGAGGGAAUUGCUCGAGGACUUAUGUAUCUUCAUCAAGAUUCUAGACUAAGAAUCAUACAUAGAGAUCUCAAAACAAGUAAUAUUCUUCUUGAUAACAACAUGAUUCCAAAGAUAUCAGAUUUUGGGUUAGCAAGAGCGUUUGGAGGAGAUCAAGCUGAGGCAAAUACAAAUAGAGUGAUGGGAACAUAUGGCUAUAUGCCUCCAGAAUAUGCAAUGCAUGGAUCUUUCUCAACUAAAUCUGAUGUUUUCAGUUUUGGUGUAAUUGUUAUUGAGAUAAUUAGUGGAAGAAAAAAUCGUGGAUUUCGUGACCCUCACCAUCAUCAACUUAACCUUCUAGGCCAUGCAUGGAGGCUAUGGAUUGAAGAAAGGCCAAUGGAGUUAAUAGAUGACAUAUUAGAUGAUCCAGCCACUCCACAUGAAAUAUUGAGAUUUAUUCAUGUGGGUUUACUAUGCGUACAACAAAAUCCAGAAAAUAGACCAAACAUGUCAUCUGUGGUUUUAAUGUUGAAUGGUGAAAAGUUACUCCCAAAUCCAAGCCAACCUGGGUUCUACACAGAAAACGAUAAUAUAAUUGACACUUUUGGAUCUUAUUUAAAGCACUACCAAAGGUGUUCAGUAAAUGAAAUUUCAAUCUCAUUGUUAGAGGCUCGAUAAAACUAGUUCCAAUGGUGAUACAUAAAUGAAAUAUUGGGAAUAUACCUAAAUAUUUUUAAGUUUAAGAAGGUAGGAAUCAUUUAAUUUUGA